AUGGAAAACCAUGAAGGCUCAAAAGGAACACUUGCAGCCCGUACGAAUAAAUUCAUGCUGCUAAUUGACACUCUCAUGUUCGUCACAGUCCUUGUCCUAUUAUUAGCCAGUAAAAACAAGAAAUGCGAGGCUAACUUGGGGGAUUUCAUGCUGACAUAUCUAAUCUUUAAAGGAAUUUUCUGUGUGUUUAGAGCAGUUAUUUGGGUAAUUGAUGAGAAAGUUUCUGAAGUAGGCACGAAUUGAUGGACUUGAUACUUAAUACUGUGGAUCCCAGCCAUGGGGACUUAUUAUGUACUCCAGUUGGUCGAUUUCUUUAGGAGUGACACGAAGGAUUGAUAUGAUCGUGUAAAGGUGAAAUGGGCAGGAGCCUUGAUUAUUACGAUUGAAGGGAUUAUCUGACUUUGCUUGAUAUUAGGCCUGAUAGUAGCUUUGGGAGUGUGGAUAGCAUGGUUGGUUAUUAAGACUUGAAAAGAUAAUUCGAAUGUGAAGGUGGAAAAGAAGAAGCAGAAACCUAAAAAGUAUCAUGCCCAAAUUAGUGCACAAAGUGUGAUAUCUACUCCUUCUCAAAGAAAUUGUAUCCCUUAAUUAGAAGAGGUCAGAUGUUGUAUUUUCAA